UAACAGUGGGGAAUAAGUAUUUGGCUAUUCGCAUCUUCGCUUGAAGACAAAAGCAUCUUCCUUCUCGAUUCUCAGCAUCUACGAAAUAUUCAUACUUCCACUUGAUCAGAUCCAACGGAUUAGCUUACCUCUCUAUUCUAUUACACGACCCAUCAUUUAACGUGCUCCUCAUCCGACGGUUCAUAUUCUAUCUCCCUCCUUUAUAUAAACCACUGAAUCAUUCACAUCUUUUGCUUAUCAAUAAUCAAGAAAGUGACAAAAACAUGGCGACUUUGGAUUCUCCACUAGAGGCGCUGGCUUUGGAGUACGCUAGCUUCGGUUGUCUCGCCGUCGUCAACAACGUCUGGACAUGGAUCGCCGUCGUGACGGCUGCCGUCAGCUUCUGGAGGAUAAGAGUCACCACCAUCAAAGUCGAAGACGGACAUGGGUGUGUCUUGUUAGAGGGAUCCAAAGCCUCGAAACCUGAACAAGAAACCGGUCAUUACCAACCGCAAGCAGUGGCCGGGGCCGUGGGGGAAACGGCGACGGCUCAAGGGAAGGAAACGGUGGUUUGGGAGCCGUUAGUGUGCGAUGAGGGCGUGACGAAAGGGAAGCUGACGAUGUACUAUGAGGUAGGCGUUGAAGGAGAGAGGUGUGUUGACGGAGACGGGGAAGUAACGGACGUUAGCUACGGAGGUGGUUUGGGUCAUUGCGGAGAGUGGUGGGAGAGAUGGGAAAGAGUGUUGAAGAUGAGAACUGGUGAUGACGAUUGGUACCGUUACGUCGACGUGACGGUGCUAAACGGAAGUGUCGUAAGGUUAUGGGAUGACAAACGGAACCCGUAAGGGAGGCAUGUGUCUAAAUUUAGAGAAUAUUCCUAGUUUGGAAAAAUUUAAAGUUUAUUUUUGGUCGAUUAAGUUUGUAAUUUGUAUAUAUAUCCCCCACAAGACCAGGAUCGCUUGACCUAGAAUAAAUAUAUAAAAAUAAAUGUUAAAUGUUGUUGCUUAUGACGCGUUCUUACUCGAACAUUUGGACAAAAGUAUGUUACGUUUGUUAAGCUCACCAAAACUUGACUACACGCAUAUACCUUGCUUGUCGCAUUCGACACUUGGAUUGGUUCGUGUUGGUUUAAACUAGUGCAGCUUAUACUUUGCAACAAGAAUAUUGCAAAAAGCUCUUGGUCUUGGUCUGAUGGUAAUGAAACUUCAGUUGGAGUGUCUGUCUUGGGUUCAAGUCGUUUUGACCACCUUUCCGUCUAUAACUGUGCGUGUCCGGAUAAAAGGUUUCGUGGGGAUUAGUCUAGGCUUACCGCCUGGGAUCCCUCACGAAUAUCAAAAAAAAAGAAUAUUGCAAAAAAUAAAAUAAAUGAUAAGCUAAAUUAUUCAGGCUUUUUCAAAAUAUUUCGGAGAGCAAAGGAAAAACAUAUCAUAGUAGUUUUUUUCAUCUUAAAUUGAAGUAUUGAUAGAGUAAUCCAACUUACUUACCAUUACUUCGGAGAUAAUUAAACUACUCAAACUUAAAAGUUACAACUAAUAAAAAAACUUUGUAUAUACUCAUAAUAAAAAUCGACUACUCAGAACAGACCUCAUAAUUUAAAUUAUAGCUAGUAAAGACGAACACAAAACUAUAUCCCUAGACUCUAACAAGUUCACAACUUCAAAAUUACAACUACUUAACACACAAAUAGUCUUUCAUCAUCAUAACAAUCAUGGCUACGAAAAUUAAUGUAGCUCACACACUGAUCCACAAAAUGAUGAUAAAUAUGUCACAACAAGUUUUUCCUCUUGGUUUCAUGGUUCCGGUGUUAAGCUUGGUUGUCUCCCUUUCGUAUUUGUACUUCCACAACUCUUAACUCAUCAAUGUUGAAUCUAUUUGGCGUCUCUCGAUUAGAUGAUUCGCUCUUUUUAUUGUGUCUUUGAGAUUUUGAAUUCUUCUUUUUUUUUUGUGCGAUGAAACCACGAGCACUCUAAGAGAAGCUCCAUCGCAAGCUCUUAAAUGAGUUUUUACCAUUUAAGAAAAAAAGAAAAAAAAUUAAUAUUGGUAAGAAUGUAUAGAAAAUUUCUUACUGUAGAGUUUAUAAGGAUCCGUUACUAACUUCAACUAAAUGAUAGAUGUGGUCACUGCAUUACUGUCUCAAUUGGUCUUAACCAUGUUCGAAACUACGCUAGGCGUGAGUCGGGCGGCUGGUCCAAGCCUAGCGAGUUAACAGAAAAGCGGAGAGUAAUCGGACAUUAAUCGGCGCUUAGUUUUAAGUGAUUAACCAAAUUAUAUAAAUAAAACGGAUAUUGUCUUGUAGUCUGGUGGAAGGUUAGCUGCUUUAAAAGCAUUGUUUCACGUCUUCAAAUCCCUAGAAGCGUGUUUUUUAAUCAUUUUUUUAAAAUAAUGGCAAAACUGUAAUUAAACCUUCUUCUUCCUUUACUGUCGUUUGGAGUUUCUGCAACUUUCACCAUAGACAUUAAUUUAGAUCCAUCACCAUUCACUCAAAUCUUGCAUUUUUCUUAUUAUUUUUUCAUCAAACUCGUAGAUCUAGCCUGUACAAUUCGAUUUAAGCAUUUAAAAUCUUCAAAAAUCGAAUUUUUUUGGUGAACCCGAUUUUUUAACCGAUUUUCAUGAAAUCGCCGCGGCUGACCUCCGCCGAACGCUUCGACGCUGCGUAAUCGCUCUCCGCGCCCGCGUUUUCGAACGUGGGUCUUAAUGCAUAAUUAAAUUAUUAUAAUAAUAUUAUUUUUUUAAUUUAGAAACUGUUACAGACGGACAAUGUUGCUCUAAGGUCAUAUCCAACAAAAAAAUCUAAUAAGAUAUCCAAUAAUUAAAAGAAAUAGAAGAAAUAGAAAAGUAAGAGAGAGGUUUAGCAAUCGGUUCUUAAAAGUCCUCCCAGAAUCUCCAAAAAAACUUUUGUGUUUAAUUGUCAUUAUAUGUUUAAAAAUAAGAUAUCUAAGAGUCGGUUCUUAGUUUUUUUAGUUAAAAGUUAAGAGACGAUUUUUUAUAUUUCGCUAAUAACUCCACCCUAAGAAUCAGUGCCGUGGACAGUGUUGAAAAAAAAAACCUUCGCUUAUGGCAGCAAAAUAAAUAAAGAUCCAAGGGCAUCAUAUGUUGACUAUUACCAUUCAUAAUAUAACCAUUAGAAUUUGAGUUUAUACAAUGAAAGCACUAUAAUAAUUUAUAUUAAAAACAUGAGCCUAUAAUUGACGAAUGUACAUGUGUUUCCUAAGUAACAAAAACAAUGUAAACAAUUGUUAAAGAACUAAAAUAAUUAGAUAUUAAUGAUUAUGGUUCUGAAUGCAUUUUUGAAAUAUUAAAGCUAAAAUUGGUCAAAUUUAUCUUUGUUUGAUUAUGGCAUAAAACACUGAGUAAUUUAUUUAUGGGCUAUUUAUUUUACCUUAAAAUUAAUUAGAAAAUCUACUGAUGAUUGAUUGUGGUUAUAGAUGUUUUAGAAAGCCAAAAUUUAGUUUAGAGUCAUAUAUGUCAAC